GGAAGUAGCGUCGGCGCGGGAGCUGAGCGGAGUGGCCUUGCCACCGGAGGGGAAGGGCUGCUGGCGUUAGGCCUGGCUGGGUCGUGCGGCUGAGCGUGAGGCUAGAAAGAAAAAGCGAUCCUCCAAGAGUGAGAACGGGAGAUCUGCCGAGGAUAACAACCUCCCUUGUGGCCGAAGGGCGGGGGAUCCCCACACGAGGGCUCCGCUUCGAGAGACGGCGACAAAGGAAAGUUCGUAGCGCGUUCGGGAGGCCCGGCCACCUCUGAGAAGGGAGACGACGCUGCUGGGUCCGCUGAGCGGGGCGACCCGAGUCUUCUCAUUCACAGGUUAAGGCUACCUUUCCAGAUAAUCCAACAGCUAAAUCACCAGUUUCCAAGGGCAUUUGCAUCACCUAUGGAAAGCAUCGGAUCCUUAUACACCAGAUGUUCUUGACAGCUCAUCCCGUCAUUCCCCCCUGCACAAAAGUUGCUAUACCAGCGGACAAGCAAGACAACUACUGAGCUUCUUUUGAUUGUCAAGUAGAUAUAAUAUCACUGCCAGCAAAACAGCACAAAAAGUGUCUCUUCACAGUAUCACUACCAGUUGGGACUAUGCUAAAUAAAUCAGCUUGCCUAGAUGAGGACCCCUUCUAUUCUUGGGUAGCCAGGAUUUGAAGGAGAUACUCUGACCUGUGCCACUGGUAAGUGACUAAUACUUUUACACACUGAACUGGUCCUGGAAACUGAGAUGUCUUCUUUGUAAGUGAAGAAUAUACAACAUAAUCUUGAAGAACGGCACAGUGGUGUGGGCCACAAGCAUACUUUAUGUGUGUAACGGACUGAAAGACAAAUUAAUCUUGGUGACAGGAUUUUUCAUCUCUUAUUUCUAUUUGCCAGUGUUAGUCAGUGUUCUGCUGGCUUAGAUUAUUACCUUUUUCUGGUUCCUUACUCUGUUUUAUUCUGAUGGGUCCUAGAAAUCCCUCUCCUGACCACUUGUCAGAAUCAGAAAGUGAGGAAGAAGAAAAUAUUAGUUACCUAAAUGAGAGUUCUGGGGAAGAGUGGGAUUCCUCUGAAGAAGAGGACUCUAUGGUGCCCAACUUAUCGCCUCUUGAGAGUCUUGCCUGGCAGGUUAAGUGCCUUUUAAAAUAUUCCACAACUUGGAAACCUUUAAAUCCUAAUUCCUGGUUGUAUCAUGCUAAACUCUUGGAUCCAAGCACACCAGUCCAUAUACUUCGAGAGAUAGGUCUAAGACUCUCCCAUUGUUCCCAUUGUGUCCCCAAACUGGAACCAAUUCCUGAAUGGCCCCCUCUGGCCUCUUGUGGAGUCCCACCUUUUCAAAAGCCUCUUACAAGUCCCAGCCGGCUCUCUAGAGAUCAUGCCACUCUAAAUGGAGCACUGCAAUUUGCCACCAAACAGCUAAGCCGAACAUUGAGUAGAGCCACUCCCAUACCUGAAUACCUAAAACAGAUCCCUAAUUCAUGUGUUUCUGGGUGUUGCUGUGGCUGGCUGACUAAAACAGUUAAGGAAACAACUCGUACUGAACCCAUCAACACUACUUAUUCUUACACUGACUUCCAAAAGGCAGUUAACAAACUCCUAACUGCAUCACUGUAAAGAUCUACCAUUUGCUCUGAUAUCUCUGAUGUUGCUAAUUGAGAAAGUGGUACAAAGUUAGUCAUUACACAGCCCACUAAUGCCUUCUCAGUCAAACUCUCUUAUGCCCUGGCAAGCCAAUGAGGAUACCCUUUGACAAACCCUGUGGAAAAAAUGAUAAUAUCAAGGUCAGGCAUGGUGGCUCACACCUGUAAUCCCAGCACUUUGGGAGGCUGAGGCGGGUGGAUCUGCUGAAGUAAGAAGUUUGAGACCAGCCUUGCCAACACAGUGAAACCCCGUCUCUACUAAAAAUAAAAAAAUUAGCCGGGCGCAGCAGUGCACGCCUGUAAUCCCCGCUACUUGGGAGGCUGAAACAGGAGAAUCACUUGAACCCAGGAGACGGAGGUUGCGGUGAGUCGAGAUUGUGCCACUGUACUCCAGCCUGGGUGACAGAGCGAGACUCAGUCUCAAAAAAAAAAAAGGAGAAUUAGUUAAGGGGACCAUAUUACAAAAGAUAGUUGAAUAUUCUUCACACUCACUUCUCACCCUCCCCACCCCAAUUUACUCUGCCUUUCUGAAUGGCUUUAAUGAGAUAUCUGAUUAUUAAUGAAGAAAAGUAGACCGCCACCCCUUUUGUUAUCCAGACUUCAGAACAGCCAUUGUUAAAAGCAAGAAGUUAGCUACCCACAAUAAUACCUUUCUGAGCAUACUCUUCUCUAACAUGCAUUUCUAUGGAAGUAGUUGAAUUAAAUUGAGUAACUACACAAAGGAAAAUGGCAGGGCUAUGAAUUUCUUUCCCAGCUUUUAUAUAGAUGUGCCUACAUAUGACACUCUUUAGGGUUCCUUUUAUUUUUUCUUUAUUUUUUUUUUGAGGUAGUUGAAUUAAACUGGGUAACUACACAAAGGAAAAUGGCAGGGAUAUGAAUUUCUUUCCCAGCUUUUAUAUAGAUGUGCCUGCAUAUGACACUCUUUAGAGUUCCUUUCAUUUUUUCUUUUUUUUGGAAGGGGGCAGGGAGGCAGGAGGAGUGCAGUUUUAAGCCUAGCCUAUACUACUACAAACUUAUUAUGGUACUUAAAAUUACAGCAUGAACGUUCUAUAUCAGAGUCUCCCACCAGGCUGUCUCUGGCUAAAUCAGCCUAUAAGAUCAUCCCUUGGGAUUAAACAAACACCUGUUCUGUAGGGAAUGUGUUUCCUGAAUCUUGGUACUCAGACUUUUGUCAAGAGUAAAUAACAUUUCAAAAGAUGAAUGGAAAAAUGAUUAAGAGAGCAUUUCUGUUUCAGUAUUAACUGCUAAUGGAUUAAAAUUUUAAUCUGUAUAGCAUUUCCUGGUGUAAAAGUUCAAGUACUUUCCACAUCCGUUGCAAACUUUUCAGGAACCCUUCUAAUUUUCUUUUCUUUUUUUUUUUUUUUUUUGAGAUGGAGUCUUGCUCUGUCGCCCAGGCUGGAGUGCAGUGGCACGAUCUCAGCUCACUGCAAGCUCUGCCUCCCGGGUUCGUGCCAUUCUCCUGCCUCUGCCUCCCGAGUAGCUGGGACUACAGGUGUCCACCACCACGCCCGGCUAAUUUUUUGUAUUUUUAGUAGAGACGGGGUUUCACCGUGUUAACCAGGAUGGUCUUGAUCUCCUGACCUCAUGAUCCACCUGCCUCGGCCUCCCAAAGUGCUGGGAUUGAACCCUUCUAAUUUUAAAGAACCUUCUUAUUAGAAAAUCUCAGCCUAAUACAAUCUGAAGUUAAGAGUUUUAGCAGCAUUGUUUUUCUAAGUAGAUUUAGCUAUAGAUUUUCUUCUGGCCAAACAAGGAAGAGUAUAUGCCCUUGUAAAUGAGUCUUGUUUUGUUUAUUUAAAUAAUCAGUCAAAACAUAGAAAUCAGUAUACGUAAAAUAAAAUGCAUGAGACUAUUAAAUCUUUUCAUGUACUCUACAAAUAAAAUGAAAUCUGUGUGGGGUCCUGGUUGACUGGGCAUCUAAAGGGAAUCAGAAAAGAGAUUGUGAAAAGUAUAUAUAUAUAUAUAUAUAUAUAUAUAUAUCCUCUUCCUUAUUUUAGUUUUGCUUUUUCCUAUUUUCCAUAAUUAAGUGCUGUUUACAAAGUGGCAUCAAAAAAUUGAAGCAGGAGGCCAGGCACGGUGGCUCAUGCCUGUAAUCCCAACAGUUUGGGAGGCUGAGGCAGGUGGAUCACUUGAGAUCAGGAGUUCGUGACCAGCCUGGCCAACAUGGUGAAAGCCCAUCUCUACUAAAAAUAUAAAAAUUAGCCGGGCGUGGUGGCGUGUGCCUGUAAUCGCAGCUACUUGGGAGGCUGAGACAGGAGAAUUGCUUGAACCUCGGAGGUGGAGGUUGCAAUGAGCUGAGAUCGCGCCACUGCACUCCAGCCUGGGCAACAGUGAGACACCAUCUCAAAAAAAAAAAAAGGAGGUUAGGAAUCACAAAUUGUGUAAAUAUAUAGCAACUUUAAGAAGAGAGAAGAAUGCUUAUAACCUAGUGAAUAUUUCUGCCGAGCCUUAGUUGUCUUGUCUAAAGGAAAAAAGAGGGAAUUGUAGAAUAAAAGUAUUUGUUAGUGGAAAUUAUUGACCUGAAACCAUAUCAUAUUGUUAGUGUAACUGAAUGUAUCAGAAAUUGUUCCUAUGUAGGUAUUCUGUGAAACUGGUUUCUAAAAUGUUACAGGAAACUGUUUCCUUUUUGUUUGUUUGUUUGUUUAAGUGGAGGUGGGAGGAGGUAGGGAAGAGGUCUGAAUAUUAAAAUAUGUUGAUGUUUAUGUGUUCAUAAUACGUUCCUUUUUCUCUCUGUGUGUGUAUAAAAGUGCCUUGCUCAUGAAUGCAUUUUUGCUAUUCACUUCGAAAGGAAGCCUUUCCCCAGCUUGGCAGCUGAAUAAACCAAUAGCUUUGUACAUGCUGAA